AAAUAGUACCUAGGUCGAUGUGAAGAAUGCAUUGAGAGCCUUUUAGUGCAAGCGGUAGCCUCUGCUUCGACAUGUGACGGCAAAGCAAUGAAAGAACUGCGUGCCAUAGGGUAUUGCAGUUUGAGCAGUCAUGGAAUCGGAGUUACGACAACGUGUCCCAAUGCUUCCAGUCCGCAACUGGAAACUGUGGUAAGGUAUGCAUCUUUGGUCAUUCUGCGUCCUAUUGUCGUUAGCUACCAUAGCGUAUUCUCUGAAGUUUAACCUGGGUAAUCUCUUCGGGGAUCAAGAUGACGACGGCCGAGAUUCUGAUACAAUCUUAGUCGGCUCUCCCCUUCCCAGCCCGUUCCGAUCGGCAGCAGUAGAACAGCAUCUUCAGACAAGUAAGUGCAGUGGAAUGACCCGUCUAUCGAAAAAAAAAACCACCCGCUAAAUCAAAAAAUCGUGUAUUCUAAUAGUUCAGUGUAAAAAAUAUCUAUGUAUUGAGACUCUAGAAUGUGUGGACAAGCCAAUUCAGUGUUCAUGCCCCGGUACAAACAGCCAAAAGUGCUCCACAAAAGACUGGUAUUUUUGUCUUCGAGGUGAUCAGGACUGCAAGGAAUGGAAAUAUUACACAAAAUGA